CUCAUGGCUCUCCUCUUUCUGCACAUAAAACCGAAACCCUAGUGCGAGCUAGGAAAAACGAAGAAGAUCCUGUUCCUGAUUUGCUCAUCCAUGGCGGAGCAUUUAGCGUCGAUCUUCGGGACGGAGAAGGACAGAGUCAAUUGUCCAUUUUACUUCAAGAUUGGAGCCUGUAGGCAUGGCGAUCGAUGUUCCAGGCUCCACACAAAACCUAGCAUUAGUCCUACAUUGUUACUGUCUAACAUGUACCAGCGCCCUGAUAUGAUCACUCCUGGCGUCGAUGCUCAAGGACAUCCAAUCGAUCCUCGAAAAAUCCAAGAUCACUUCGAGGAUUUCUAUGAAGAUCUCUUCGAGGAGCUGAACAAGUAUGGGGAAAUCGAAAGCUUGAAUGUUUGUGACAACCUUGCUGACCACAUGGUGGGAAAUGUAUAUGUUCAGUUUAGGGAAGAAGAAUACGCUGCAAAAGCCCUCAAGAAUCUCACUGGAAGAUACUACGCAGGUCGACCCAUCAUUGUUGACUUCUCACCUGUGACUGAUUUCCGGGAAGCAACCUGCAGACAAUAUGAAGAAAACACCUGCAAUCGUGGUGGAUACUGCAACUUCAUGCAUCUAAAAAGAAUUGGCAGGGAAUUGAGGAGAGAACUGUUUGGUAGGUAUAGAAGAAGGCAUAGUCGGAGUAGAAGUAGGAGUAGAAGCCCAUACAGACAUCGAAGCUAUGAAGAGCGAGGGCAUUCUGGUCAUUCUCAUAGCAGAAGAUAUGAUGACAGGGAUAGAGACAGGGAUUACUACCAUGAGAGAGGGUCAAGAAGGCAUAGGAGCACAAGCCCUCUUCAUAGGAGACAACUUAGUCCUGUUAGGGAAGGUAGUGAAGAAAGGCGUGCAAAAAUUGAGGAAUGGAAUAGGAAAAGGGAAGAAGCAGCAAAAGUCAACAUGGUUCAGUGUGAUAGGAACUCUUCAAAGCUAGGGAUUUGCAUAUGAAUGGAGUCUACACCCAACAUGUAAUGAGGUUAGGGAUGAUUGAGUAUUAGUUAAGUUGGUGAAGAUUUCUGCCCAAUUUGAAAGCAGUGAUUUGGUUUUAUUUGGUGUUAUUGAAUCUUGUAGUUUGAUGCAAAAAUGUAUUAUGAUAUUAAGCAGGGUUAAUGAUUUCUUCUGAAACAAGUGCUUUAUGAGUAAAGAUUAUUUUUAAUUACUUGCAAG